CAGGGCAACACUUUGGGUGUGUUCUUGCUCAAUUUUAAUAAAUGCCAUGUCUAAUGUUUGCGUCUGAACUCUAACAGCUCUUCCACAACUUGAUAGCAGACACUAUUUAUAUCUCUCUCCAAUCCAAAAGCUUUGCUUGGUCAGAAAGGACGUUUGGUCCGAGCUGUGUUUGAGUUGUCCGUAUGAGCAAAUGCUCCUGCCUGAAUCUGAUGCAUUCUUUGUUGAUUUCUCACAUGUCUUAUCAGCAUUACAGCGUUGACUUGGAGGCUUUUAUUCGGGCGGCAACAUCAGUUUAAGCCGGAUUUCUUUCCCUCUUUUUCCCCACACAGCCAAUUACGCAACCAUCUGGAAUUUUAUUUUAUUUCUUAAAUCAGUUUAGUGGAUAAUGACCGCCAGGAGGUCCAUGACCCGUUCAUUUUCUGGCAAUGGAAGAACAAGCAGCUUCAGCGAAGAGGAGGGUGGCUCUUCCAAUGGCCGCUCGGAGAGCCGUAACACCUAUCUGUCCAACGUUAGGCCUGAAAACAGGAGCACAUUGUGCAGCGUCAUGGCUCAGCUGACAGAAGACAUACAGCCAUCGUUUGAGACGACCCUAAAAUCAAAGGCUGUUUCAGAAAACUGUAACGUUAAAUUCUCCUGCGUAGUGUCAGGUUACCCUGUUCCAGAGCUGAAAUGGUAUAAAGAUGAUAUGGAAAUGGACCGAUACUGUGGACUCCCUAAGUAUGAAAUUUGUCGUAAAGGAAAGACGCACACGCUUCAUAUUUACAACUGCACAUUGGAUGAUGCAGCCAUUUAUCAGGUCUCAGCGAGUAACUGCAAAGGUAUCGUCUCCUGCUCUGGAGUUUUAGAGGUUGGUACCAUGAAUGAGUACAAGAUCCAUCAGCGUUUCUUUGAAAAACUGAAGCAGAAGGCAGAGAAGAAGAAAAAAGACUUGGAGGUGAAGAUGGACGGUAAAGAAAACAUCCAGAAAGAACAGCGUCGUAGCCCAGAUCAUCCUCAGAGGAAACGUUCAGUUCCACCAACAGCGGUGAAGGCAGAUGUCAACAAGUCUGUGGCUGUUGAACAUCCAGGAGAUUUAGCAGAGCCAAAUGCAGUUAGCUCGGGGUUGACAGAUGAGGUUGACCUGACAUCUGAGAAUAAUUCUUUAGAGAGUGACGCAUCUGCGUCUGAGGAAACCUUGGCUAAAAAGAGACUUAAGAUGUCAAAUGGUGUAGAUGUCGGGGUUAACAGCAGCAGCGGUAACAGCAACCAUCUCAUGGCAAAUGGAGGUGAAAACUGUUACGAUGGAGGAAUCAGUUUAGCCCAUUUUAUGGCAGAAACUCUGCAGUCCCAAGCUACCGAGGAGAAUCAGAUCCCCCCUGAAGAGGAGAAACCUCAAGACAUGGAGACAAAUGUGGGAGAUAUGGAGGAGGUGCAGAACAAGUUAGAAAAACAGUUAGAAAAGGAGUUAGAAAAAGACAAAAUGCAAGAGAGGCAGGUGGAGGUGAAGCAUGGCAAACAGAGUGCAGAAGGCAAGCAUCACAGCAAAGGCCACAAGGAUCACGAUCACCACAACAUUCAGGCUUCUAUCUCCUCCAUGCUGCACACGGUCAAAGACUUCUUCUUUGGUAAAAACAAGAAGGACUCUCACAGUCACUGUGAAAACGAAGAUAUAGAUUUGGACAUGCAGUCACCUGAAUUGGAUUUACCGCCAUCAUUUCAGCUGCGCGUUGAACAUAAUCCAGAGACUCACCAGGAAGUAGUGCCUGAUAAAACUCAAGAGCCCUCAGAAACUAUGGAUACAGAACAAUGUUCAGCACCACCAGAGGACAGCAAUCUGAAGACAGAUUUCCAACCAGAGUAUAAACCGCUUCCCAAGACAGAAGAGGAAUCUAAAUCAAAACAGGACAAUGCUGAAGAGGCCAUGGAUGUCUCCGUGCAGCCAGACUCUGAGGCUGAAGAGAAAAACUCCAUCACAGUCUCAGUUUUCAAAGGGGGCUUGACACAAAAGCCUGAGUCAGAUUUUCCACAAGUUUUACAAGAACCUAAACACCAGGUUGGAGAAGAUGACUCUUCAGCAAAGGAAGAUAAAUCUGUUACAUCACAGAGUCAAGCUCCAUCUGAUGAAGGACGCCCCCUCCCGCCCACCUUUUCCAAACCAAAAUCUUGUUGGAUUUCGCCUCAUGACAUCUCAGGAGCAAAAAGCCAAAACCUUGAAGCAGGACUUGGUGAAACCUUGCAAAAGGAGGCGAUUUGUCCCAGUACGGUCAGCGCAAAGGGUGAUCUCACCACUGAAUCUGGUCACUCCUCCAACAAGGAGGAAGAGAAAGCUGAAGUGAAAUUCAGAAAACAGCUAAUCUCAGAUAUAAACAGAUCUGAAAUUACUAAAAUAUCUUCACCAAAAGGUACAAGAGAGUCGUAUGAAUCUAAACCACCUGAUCAGGUGUUUUCAUCUCCUGCUGCUGUAGAAGCGUGUAGUGCGGAGAAGGGUCCUGUCAAAGAAGAGACCAAAAGUACAUCACUGGUACAGGAAGUGAAUGCAGGAUUUCCUCUCACUGACGCCCCAGGGUGGUUAGACACGGGUGGCCUAAAAAUGCAACGUGAUCACACUUGUGUAGUUGGGGAACUAAGAAAGGUCAAUGACGAGAAAGAAACACAGAGUCCAACUGCAUCUUUUAAAUGCAGUGAAGAAAAAUGCGAGGCAAAGGAGGAAUUGACUUGUGCCCAGAGGAAAGAUUUAGAGAUAAAUAUGUGCAACAGCUUAAUGAUGCAAGACCAAGCAAGUUUAACAGCUGUGAAAAGUUCAGAGAGAAAGGAGAGUUCACAGUUAGAGUGUGAGAAAGAAUGGAAAACUUCAGUGAGUGAAGAUUUGGAUAAAACCAAUACACUUGUAGUAACGCAAAGUCAUGAAAAUGAUACUAAUGGGAAAAGUAAGAUUGAUAAAUGUGGGUCUCAUAUAGGAAAUAUUCCUUUAAUCCAGAUAAGUACUAUAGAUGACAUACCAGAUGUCCAAAAAAUUAUGCCAGAUUUGGGUCCAAGUGAACAUUUUAUAAUCCCAAAAAUUGAAAUAAUGGGGCCAGAGCUUAAGGAAUGCACCUUGCCACUAAGCAUUUUGGCACAAAAUAAGCCAGAAACAUAUAAUUUACAAAAUCAUGAUGCAUUUGAUGAGUCAACGACAGUUAUUAAAAACCAGAGCAUGGCAGAUUUUCCAGGCUUGUUUCCUGUGCCACAAGGAAUGAAGAAUAACAAUGACCUCCCACCCACGGAGCAAGUUAAGGAAGUUGCUCAAGAAGCGUUCGAGCUGCCAAAAGAGCAUGUGAAAAGGGAUCAGCUCCCUGCGACGGAGCAUGCAUCAAUUCCUGUAAUAAGCAUUUCAUGUUCGGAAGACCUGGAGAGCAUUGUGUUUAGUAAAAGCAAUAAUUCAUGUGUGGAGCGUGCUUCUGAAACUCCUAGGGAAUCUUUGUUUGUGGUUCCGCCAAUUUCUGUCACUUGUCCUGAAAGUGAUCCUGAGCCUGAGCUGUCUGCUCCCAGUGAGAGGCUAGAAACAGAAACUUCAGCAAGCACACAAAGGGGAACCAAACAAGGUGUUGAGGCCAACACGAUGGCAAAGUCUGAAAUAACUCUAAGAGGUCAAAACUUUGAGGAAACAUCUGAAAAGACAGCAAAAGAAAACGUCCCACCUGUUCAGAAGGAAGCUGCAACACCAAAGGUUGGUGGGAACGUGCCGACUUUCAGUAAACCUGCAGAGGACAACUCUGCUCCUGAAAUCUCCAGGCCAAAACCAAUUAAAGACGCUAAGAGGGAGAAUCCUUCAUCUGUUGAAGAUUUUCUAAAAAACAGGCCUUCUGUUGAGAGAUUAAGCUCCAAACCCCCAACAUACCCCUCACUGAGUCCAGCCAGUCUCCGCAAGUUUAUGUCCAAAGCAGCUCAAGAUUCAGACGAGAAUGCAGCAAGUGCCCCUGCCAUCUCCGUAGACGAUCGUCAGAGUGACAAGUUGGACGAAGAUCUUAGCGGAGGCUCAACGCCAACGUCAUCCCUCUCCUGUGAAAGCAGCCCCCGGCUCAAACGCAGAGACAGUCUGACACUCAUACGGUCUGCAACGCCUGAGGAGUUGGCCUCUGGAGCUCGGCGGAAAAUCUUUAUCCCUAGGAGCAAGGAAGAUAUAGACGGGGUGGUGAUAGGUGGGCUAGAUGGUAAGAAGGACGUGCCCUAUAUGUCACCAAGCCAGGCUCGCAGAGCAGCACUACUACAGGCUUCCAUAGGACAAAAAACCCCACCACUAGAAAGGCGAUCUCCACUGCUGAGUCGUAGAAAAACCACCUUGGAGGUACCAAAAGUUGGGGAUGAGCCUCCUGCAGGAGAGCCAGACGGUAUCAAGGAAGAGGAGAAGCAAUCUGGAAAAAAGAUAGACCCUCUGAAAGCUCCGCAGGUUAUCCGUAAGAUCCGGGGAGAGCCAUUCCCAGAUGCUUCCGGACACCUGAAGCUAUGGUGCCAGUUCUUCAACGUGCUCAGUGACUCGACCAUUAAGUGGUUUAAAGAUGAGAAGGAAAUACUAGAGGUGAAAAAAAGCGGAGGAGAUGAAAACCAAGUGGCGCUGGCAGUCGUUCUCGCGUCCAGCCAAGACUGUGGUGUUUACGGCUGCAUGAUCAAUAACGAACAUGGAAGUGACACCACUGACUUCUUACUCAGCGAAGACAUUCUGUCUGGCAUAUUAUUGAAAGAUGACUUGGAAGUUGGAGAGGAGAUAGAGAUGACCCCGCUGCUGUUCACCAAAGGCCUGGCUGACAGUGGCACCUGGGGUGAAAAGUACUUUGGUCGCAUUUUCACUGAGAUGUUGCACAUUGGAGAGGGCUGCAAUCACAAAACCAGCAGGGUGAAGGUGAUCUAUGGCCUCGAUCCCAUCUUUGAGUCUGGAAGCACUUGUAUCAUCAAGAUUCACAACCCCAUCGCCUACGGGACCAAACUAGAGAACAACCUUGCAGAGAGAAAUAUGAGUAUUUCAAAACAAGAAUGCAAAAUCCAAAACAUGAUACGAGAAUACUGUAAAAUCUUUGCAGCUGAAGCAAGAGUCAAUGAGAACUUUGGAUUUUCAUUAGAAGUGAUUCCUCAGUAUCUGAUUUACCGGCCUGCAAACUCGGUGCCGUACGCCACGGUGGAGGCUGAUCUUACAGGUGUUUUUGUUAAGUAUUGCUCUGUGGAUCCAAAAGGCAAGCUGACAUCCCAGAACACCUCAGAGCUGGAGCAGAAAUGCAGCACUUUUCAGCACUGGAUCCACCAGUGGACGCACGGCAACCUACUGGUUACUCAUCUAGAGGGUGUUGAAACAAAGAUUGCAAAUGUGAAAGUUGUGACCAAGUCUAAAGGAUACCAAGGACUAACCGAAAGUGGCUCGCCUGAAGUAUUCGAUCAGUUCCUGACGUAUCAUCAGUGUAACUAUUACUGUGGACUUCUUGGCCUGCGCCCACUUAAGACUGCUGAUCUGCAGCCGCCCACCAAGAUAAAGGGCUCAAAAAGCCCCCUGCUCAACCGCAGGAUGAGCUCCAGCAGCCCACAAGCUCAGAGAAAAGGGCACAGCCCUCAGAUGUCUAGAAAGAAUAAUUCUAGUCCAAAGUUAGCCAAAAAAGUUCAAGAGCCAGAGGACAGUAAUGCAGGUGACAAACCUAAGCCUGUAGAAACACUUUCUGUUCCUGAGAUCAGGUAGGAAAUUAAGUUUUUGACUGGUUUCUUCUCAUUUUACAUGAAAAGAUAGCAAAGGGAAAGAAUUUGAGCCAAAGUUGUUGAUCUGACCUGCCAGAACGUUUAGACAGAGUUGUCGCAGCUUUCAAACGGCUGAGUCUUUUAAUGUUUUACCGUGGCCUCAGUGGAAGUAAGAUGAAACGGCCCAGGACUCUUGAGUCUUAUGGGCUUCAUGAGAGGACAAAAUAAAUCGAAAGACAGAUGUCAACUGACAUAAUCACAAAAGCUGAUCUAUACCUGACCGCAGCAACAGAAUGUUUGUUUUAUUAGCAUUUUUUGUUUGUUUUAAUCAAAUCAAAUCAAUUUUUAUUUAUAAAGCGCUUUUCAUGCAACUACUGCAACUCAAAGCGUUGUACAAUAUGAAAAACAACCAAACAACAGUCAAUUUCCCACCCCAACCCCACAGAACAACAUUCAACAUCCCUUCUAUAUCUCCCUCCUCCCACCAUCAUUCCUAUCCCAUGCAAAUAAACACACACACACACACACACACACACACACACACACACACACACACACACACACACAAAACACUUAAAAG